AUGAGUAAGCCAAUUAAUGUUUACUGCAGUGCCGAUCUUCGCCAGACGCUAGAUGAGGCGCUUCCAGGAGUUUUUUCAAGACUAGGCUACGUCCAGUCCUUCAAAUUAAUUGACACGAAAUUAAUCAUUGGUUAUUCAAUUGCUGUGGUCGCGGGUGUGUCAUUCUAUUUGGAUAAGAUUCUCGAGUAUUCAGAGUCUCUAACCUAUCAAAAAAUUCUUGUGGGCUUAUAUGCAGCACUAUCUGGUUUAUUCUGGUACUUCAACAAGUAUAUCGAAAAGAACGUAAAGUACACGGGGAUCAACAAAUCAAAAAGCAUUCAGGUCGCAGCAACGCUAGAACAGUACACUCUAGACUACAAGUUAAAGAUACGCGAUAAUGAGGGCCAUGUCGUGGAGACAACACUUCCCGCAAAUAAGGUUUUUACUGAACAAGGUUACUUGCAAACGGACUUACUCUAUAAGUGGUUUGAAAAUCAACUCAACGAUCUUACAAAGAAGCGCAAUUAA